CUCUUCAUGACGGGACUCCGGCUCCGCCUGAAUGACGCCGGCAUGGAGAGCUUGCUGCUAGCGGACCUCGUGUCCUCGGCGCUGCUGUGUGCGGUGGUGCUGCUGGUGCUGGUGGGCAACGCGCUGGUGGUGGCCGCGGUGGCCACCUCCAGAAAGCUGCGGACUGUGACCAACGUCUUCAUCGUCAACCUGGCGUGUGCUGACCUACUUCUAGGUGUGCUCGUGCUCCCGUUUUCUGCCGUGUUUGAGGUCAAAGACCAGUGGAUUUUUGGACACGUCUGGUGUCAGGCCUGGCUAGCUGUUGACGUCUGGCUCUGUACGGCCUCCAUCUUGAACCUGUGCUGCAUCAGCCUGGACCGUUACCUGGCCAUCACCCGCCCCAUCCGCUACCCCGGCCUCAUGUCUGCCAGAAAAGCCAAGACUCUGGUAGCAGGCGUCUGGCUCUUCUCCUUCAUCAUCGGCUGCCCUCCCCUCAUCGGCUGGACCGACGGAAGUCAAGAUAUCCCAGACUUCAACGGCACCACAGAUUCAAGUGUCAUCACCACCACAACAACCACAGCUCCACCAACCACAGCAGACGUCUUAUGCGACAGCAGCUUCAACUACUCCACCAACAUCUUCAUGAACCUGACCUGCAGCACCGAGGCCACGCCCUACUUCAUGACCACGUGUGAGUUGACCAACUCCCGAGGGUACCGGAUCUACGCCGCCCUGGGGUCCUUCUUCAUCCCCAUGCUAGUCAUGGUCUUCUUCUACCUACAGAUCUACCGCGCCGCCAUGAAGACUAUCUCCGCGUACGCCAAGGGGGAACUUAAGACCAAGUACUCUAUUCGUGAGAACGGCUCUAAGACUAACUCCGUCACUCUGCGUAUCCACCGCGGUGGGCGCGGGUUCAAUACCUGCGGCAGUACGUACGGAGGGUCGUUGGUCAACUCAAGUGCCAGGGAAAGCUGCGGGGACGGCGCGGGCGGGAGGAGGUUGGGGCGUCAGGAGAACGACGAGCACCAGACGGUACGGAAGUGCAGGAGUAGUGACGCCAGUCUUGUGACGCUGACUGGGCUGUCCUGUGAAGUCCUGAACAACGGAAUUGGGACUCUCACUGACGCCAGCAGCGGGAGGUCAUUCUGUUGGAAAAAAGAGAAGAAGCGCCUGAACUCCAACGACCGUGGGUCUUUUCAAAUUGAGGGUCAAAACGGGCGAGAGAUCCGGGCUAAAAGAUGCGGGGCGAGGUGUAUUUCUCUGGAGUUGGACGAGAGAUCUUCCGGUGACAGCAAGAGCCGGGUCAGACGAACGGUCAGUCACCCCAGAGCGACGUACUCCAACUCCGCGCCCUUGACCCCGACCUUGACCUCGCAUGUGGACGAGUCCGGGCACGUUCUAGUUCGAGGCUCGUCCACGUCAUCAUCGCGAAGAUCUCGUUUAUCCACGCAGAAACCCGGCAACGCCGUGAGACUUCACAUGCAGAAGUUUAACCGCGAGAAGAAAGCGGCAAAGACUCUGGCCAUCAUUGUGGGGGCGUUCAUCUUGUGCUGGAUGCCUUUCUUCACCACCUACCUAGUGGGUGCCUUCUGCGACAGUUGCAUCUCGCCCAUCGUCUUCUCCAUCGUCUUCUGGCUCGGCUACUGCAACUCGGCCAUGAACCCUUGCGUGUACGCCCUCUUUUCGAGGGACUUCCGGUUUGCGUUUAGAAAAGUCUUGACCUGCGGCUGUAAAUCCUGGAACAAAAGUCGCAGCUUCCGGCCGCAGAACUCGGACAUUCCGGCCAUCCAGCUGCACUGUCCGACACAGGAGGACUGCAAGAGUUCCUCGGACAUCGGAGCAGACAGUCAGUGGAGGUAG